AACUGUCUUUUUGGGCUUGUUUUGCAAAGGAAUCCCCGUGACUUAGUUCGCGAGAUUACUUUUUUGUAUAUAAACUGAAUCUCGCAGCAUCUGUGUUAUCAUAAUACUCACUGCCUUCAAGCAUCACAUACUUUUACUUAGUCAAAGAAGUAAAUUCAAGAAUUCUAAGAUUUCAUUAUGAAUUUCUCAAAAGUAUUUAUUUUUGUUGCAUUUGUUUUGUCUGUGUUUGCUGGACAAACUGAAGCUGGAUGGUUGAAGAAAAUUGGAAAAAGAUUGGAACGCACUGUCCAAAAUGUUCGUGAUGCAACAAUACAGACAAUUGGAGUUGCUCAACAAGCUGCCAAUGUUGCUGCAACUAUCAAAGGAUAAAACGUUGAUUUUGAAAUGUUAGAUAGUCUGA